GUAAAAGGAGGGCUUAAGUUUGACUGAGUUUAAUUAUUUUAUUAGCACAAUAAUAGGGCUUAAGUUUUGACUAAGUCUGAUUAUUUUAAAAUGUGUUUCCAUUCUGUUAGCACAAUAAUAGGUCCACUCUUGCUGUCAUGGCCUGGUCAUCGCUGCUCCAGUUCUUUCUCCCUCAUGGAAAUUGACGACGAGGGAAAUCCAGUGCAGGAGAAGUUGGAUUCUGUGGAAGAGCAAGAAGUUGAAACCUUAGAGGAGGCCGAGAUCUCAUUCAAUGCCAUUCUGGGACGACCUACAACAACCACUAUGAAGCUCCUUGGAUCUAUCUCUUCUAAGGAGGUUCUGCUAUUAGUAGACAGUGGGUCAACACACAACUUCAUCUCGGACUCUGUAGUCCGUGACCUGAACUUGCCAACUCUUUCCAUUCCAACAUUCGGUGUACAGAUUGGAGAUGGCAGUGUUGUUCGCUGCAAUCAAAUCUGCAAGGGCAUUGAAGUAAUGAUUUCAGGAUUGAAAAUCACCCAAGACUUCUACCCCUUCUCCUUAGUUGGGUCUGAUUUGGUUUUAGGUAUUAAGUGGUUGGCAUCUCUUAACACCAUCCAAGCCAACUGGAAUGAAUUGUUCCUGGCAUUCUGGGUUGACGGGAAGCAAUAUAAGCUACAAGGGGUACCACGACUGGAAAGACAACAACCUUCUCUGCACUCCAUGCACUCCUUAGAACUUAAACUAAGGUCUGGUCACUCUGGUUCCCUGAAGCUAGAUGACUUAAUGACUGAACCCGUAGAGGAAGCAAGCUGGGAGGAUUAUGAUCUUCUAUUGCAACAGUUUCCUGAGUUUCGCCUUGAGGACAAGUCGGUUUUUCAGGGGGAGAGUAUUGAUACAAAUCCCAAACCAAUCAGGACUUAUCAGAGGCGUAAAAGGAGGGCUUAAGUUUGACUGAGUUUAAUUAUUUUAUUAGCACAAUAAUAGGGCUUAAGUUUUGACUAAGUCUGAUUAUUUUAAAAUGUGUUUCCAUUCUGUUAGCACAAUAAUAGGUCCACUCUUGCUGUCAUGAGAAGCACCUAGAUUAAGAAGCAAAAGAAGCAGUAGGUGACCUGUUCUUCAUCCCUAUAGGAAAUGAAAGAAAGAACCACAUUGUCCCAUUAUUGAGGGAAAAGUGUCAUUUUUGUGGAGCUAGAGUCAUAGAGGAUGAUUUCACAUUCAUCCUUUAUAAAGAUAAUCGUGAAAUCAUUAAAACUUAUGGAAAUCU